AAAGUUACUUAAAGCAAGUUACGUAAAUAAUAUCAAUUUUCAAAAAAAAAAAAAAAAUUCGGUUUUAAAUUACAAUGGAUGCUACAAAGGAGCCUGCCAUGAAUAAAAACAAUACAGGCGAGUGCCUUGGCUUAGUGGAGGUCACAUAUCCCAUUGCGGUCAAGUACUGCGGACACUGCUCCAUGCCCAUCGAGUAUUGUGAGUUUUACUCCGAGUAUGACAAAUGCAAGGAGUGGCUGGCAAAGAAUUAUCCCGAAGACUAUGAGAAACUGCAGCUGAGAGAGGCCGAAGAUGAUGCUGCUCCUGGUGUGGAUGCCGAAAAGAAACGCCAGAAACGCGGCGGGAAAGGACUGCUGCGCAUCAAGAAGGACAACAGCGAUGAUGAUGCACCCAAACGCAUUCGACUUUCAUGCACAAUGCGUGGCAAGAACAAGCGGGUGACCAUUGUUGCUGGCCUGGGCGCAUUCAAGAUCGAUUUACGUGCCGCGGCCAAGUUUUUUGGCAGUAAAUUUGCCUGCGGCUCCUCGGUGACCGGCGACAAUGAGAUUGUUAUACAGGGCGAUGUGAAGGAUGAAUUGUUCAAGGUAAUACCCGAAAAGUGGUUGGAGGUGCCAAAGGAGGCAAUGGAGGAUUGUGGCGAGGGCAAAAGGAGUCAUCAGAAUUAAACGAAAAGAAAGGCUUGAGCUCAA